AUGUUCGAUGCGAAGACUCAGAAUCAGGAAGACUUCACCAAUAUUCGUGGCGAACGAUACGAGACCCGUCGUCCAGAAGAUCAUCAAGUGAUUCAGAAAGAUGGAACCGUUGUCAAUCGCACUCUUACGCACGACGAUUUUACCAACGUCAGAGGUGAGCGCUAUGAGAUCAAGAAGCCAGCGGACAACAAGAUCUUGGUUUCUGAUGGAGCUCAAUUUGAUGCGAAGACUCAGAAUCAGGAAGACUUCACCAAUAUUCGUGGCGAACGAUACGAGACCCGACGCCCAGAAGAUCAUCAAGUGAUUCAGAAUGAUGGAACCGUUGUCAAUCGUACUCUUACGCACGACGAUUUCACCAAUGUCAGAGGUGAGCGCUAUGAGAUCAAGAAGCCAGCGGACAACAAGAUCUUGGUUUCUGAUGGAGCUCAAUUUGAUGCGAAGACUCAGAAUCAGGAAGACUUCACCAAUAUUCGUGGCGAACGAUACGAGACCCGUCGUCCAGAAGAUCAUCAAGUGAUUCAGAAAGAUGGAACCGUUGUCAAUCGCACUCUUACGCACGACGAUUUCACCAAUGUCAGAGGUGAGCGCUAUGAGAUCAAGAAGCCAGCGGACAACAAGAUCUUGGUUUCUGAUGGAGCUCAAUUUGAUGCGAAGACUCAGAAUCAGGAAGACUUCACCAAUAUUCGUGGCGAACGAUACGAGACCCGACGCCCAGAAGAUCAUCAAGUGAUUCAGAAAGAUGGAACCGUUGUCAAUCGUACUCUUACGCACGACGAUUUCAUCAAUGUCAGAGGUGAGCGCUAUGAGAUCAAGAAGCCAGCGGACAACAAGAUCUUGGUUUCUGAUGGAGCUCAAUUUGAUGCGAAGACUCAGAAUCAGGAAGACUUCACCAAUAUUCGUGGCGAACGAUACGAGACCCGACGCCCAGAAGAUCAUCAAGUGAUUCAGAAUGAUGGAACCGUUGUCAAUCGUACUCUUACGCACGACGAUUUCACCAAUGUCAGAGGUGAGCGCUAUGAGAUCAAGAAGCCAGCGGACAACAAGAUCUUGGUUUCUGAUGGAGCUCAAUUUGAUGCGAAGACUCAGAAUCAGGAAGACUUCACCAAUAUUCGUGGCGAACGAUACGAGACCCGACGCCCAGAAGAUCAUCAAGUGAUUCAGAAUGAUGGAACCGUUGUCAAUCGUACUCUUACGCACGACGAUUUCACCAAUGUCAGAGGUGAGCGCUAUGAGAUCAAGAAGCCAGCGGACAACAAGAUCUUGGUUUCUGAUGGAGCUCAAUUUGAUGCGAAGACUCAGAAUCAGGAAGACUUCACCAAUAUUCGUGGCGAACGAUACGAGACCCGUCGUCCAGAAGAUCAUCAAGUGAUUCAGAAAGAUGGAACCGUUGUCAAUCGCACUCUUACACACGACGAUUUCACCAAUGUCAGAGGUGAGCGCUAUGAGAUCAAGAAGCCAGCGGACAACAAGAUCUUGGUUUCUGAUGGAGCUCAAUUUGAUGCGAAGACUCAGAAUCAGGAAGACUUCACCAAUAUUCGUGGCGAACGAUACGAGACCCGACGCCCAGAAGAUCAUCAAGUGAUUCAGAAUGAUGGAACCGUUGUCAAUCGUACUCUUACGCACGACGAUUUCACCAAUGUCAGAGGUGAGCGCUAUGAGAUCAAGAAGCCAGCGGACAACAAGAUCUUGGUUUCUGAUGGAGCUCAAUUUGAUGCGAAGACUCAGAAUCAGGAAGACUUCACCAAUAUUCGUGGCGAACGAUACGAGACCCGACGCCCAGAAGAUCAUCAAGUGAUUCAGAAUGAUGGAACCGUUGUCAAUCGUACUCUUACGCACGACGAUUUCAUCAAUGUCAGAGGUGAGCGCUAUGAGAUCAAGAAGCCAGCGGACAACAAGAUCUUGGUUUCUGAUGGAGCUCAAUUUGAUGCGAAGACUCAGAAUCAGGAAGACUUCACCAAUAUUCGUGGCGAACGAUACGAGACCCGUCGUCCAGAAGAUCAUCAAGUGAUUCAGAAAGAUGGAACCGUUGUCAAUCGCACUCUUACGCACGACGAUUUCACCAACGUCAGAGGUGAGCGCUAUGAGAUCAAGAAGCCAGCGGACAACAAGAUCUUGGUUUCUGAUGGAGCUCAAUUUGAUGCGAAGACUCAGAAUCAGGAAGACUUCACCAAUAUUCGUGGCGAACGAUACGAGACCCGUCGUCCAGAAGAUCAUCAAGUGAUUCAGAAAGAUGGAACCGUUGUCAAUCGCACUCAUACGCACGACGAUUUCACCAACGUCAGAGGUGAGCGCUAUGAGAUCAAGAAGCCAGCGGACAACAAGAUCUUGGUUUCUGAUGGAGCUCAAUUUGAUGCGAAGACUCAGAAUCAGGAAGACUUCACCAAUAUUCGUGGCGAACGAUACGAGACCCGUCGUCCAGAAGAUCAUCAAGUGAUUCAGAAAGAUGGAACCGUUGUCAAUCGCACUCUUACGCACGACGAUUUCACCAACGUCAGAGGUGAGCGCUAUGAGAUCAAGAAGCCAGCGGACAACAAGAUCUUGGUUUCUGAUGGAGCUCAAUUUGAUGCGAAGACUCAGAAUCAGGAAGACUUCACCAAUAUUCGUGGCGAACGAUACGAGACCCGUCGUCCAGAAGAUCAUCAAGUGAUGCAGAAAGAUGGAACCGUUGUCAAUCGCACUCUUACGCACGACGAUUUCACCAACGUCAGAGGUGAGCGCUAUGAGAUCAAGAAGCCAGCGGACAACAAGAUCUUGGUUUCUGAUGGAGCUCAAUUUGAUGCGAAGACUCAGAAUCAGGAAGACUUCACCAAUAUUCGUGGCGAACGAUACGAGACCCGUCGUCCAGAAGAUCAUCAAGUGAUUCAGAAAGAUGGAACCGUUGUCAAUCGCACUCUUACGCACGACGAUUUCACCAACGUCAGAGGUGAGCGCUAUGAGAUCAAGAAGCCAGCGGACAACAAGAUCUUGGUUUCUGAUGGAGCUCAAUUUGAUGCGAAGACUCAGAAUCAGGAAGACUUCACCAAUAUUCGUGGCGAACGAUACGAGACCCGACGCCCAGAAGAUCAUCAAGUGAUUCAGAAAGAUGGAACCGUUGUCAAUCGUACUCUUACGCACGACGAUUUCACCAAUGUCAGAGGUGAGCGCUAUGAGAUCAAGAAGCCAGCGGACAACAAGAUCUUGGUUUCUGAUGGAGCUCAAUUUGAUGCGAAGACUCAGAAUCAGGAAGACUUCACCAAUAUUCGUGGCGAACGAUACGAGACCCGUCGUCCAGAAGAUCAUCAAGUGAUUCAGAAAGAUGGAACCGUUGUCAAUCGUACUCUUACGCACGACGAUUUCACCAAUGUCAGAGGUGAGCGCUAUGAGAUAAAGAAGCCAGCGGACAACAAGAUCUUGGUUUCUGAUGGAGCUCAAUUUGAUGCGAAGACUCAGAAUCAGGAAGACUUCACCAAUAUUCGUGGCGAACGAUACGAGACCCGUCGCCCAGAAGAUCAUCAAGUGAUUCAGAAAGAUGGAACCGUUGUCAAUCGUACUCUUACGCACGACGAUUUCACCAAUGUCAGAGGUGAGCGCUAUGAGAUCAAGAAGCCAGCGGACAACAAGAUCUUGGUUUCUGAUGGAGCUCAAUUUGAUGCGAAGACUCAGAAUCAGGAAGACUUCACCAAUAUUCGUGGCGAACGAUACGAGACCCGACGCCCAGAAGAUCAUCAAGUGAUUCAGAAAGAUGGAACCGUUGUCAAUCGUACUCUUACGCACGACGAUUUCACCAAUGUCAGAGGUGAGCGCUAUGAGAUCAAGAAGCCAGCGGACAACAAGAUCUUGGUUUCUGAUGGAGCUCAAUUUGAUGCGAAGACUCAGAAUCAGGAAGACUUCACCAAUAUUCGUGGCGAACGAUACGAGACCCGACGCCCAGAAGAUCAUCAAGUGAUUCAGAAUGAUGGAACCGUUGUCAAUCGUACUCUUACGCACGACGAUUUCACCAAUGUCAGAGGUGAGCGCUAUGAGAUCAAGAAGCCAGCGGACAACAAGAUCUUGGUUUCUGAUGGAGCUCAAUUUGAUGCGAAGACUCAGAAUCAGGAAGACUUCACCAAUAUUCGUGGCGAACGAUACGAGACCCGUCGUCCAGAAGAUCAUCAAGUGAUUCAGAAAGAUGGAACCGUUGUCAAUCGUACUCUUACGCACGACGAUUUCACCAAUGUCAGAGGUGAGCGCUAUGAGAUCAAGAAGCCAGCGGACAACAAGAUCUUGGUUUCUGAUGGAGCUCAAUUUGAUGCGAAGACUCAGAAUCAGGAAGACUUCACCAAUAUUCGUGGCGAACGAUACGAGACCCGUCGUCCAGAAGAUCAUCAAGUGAUUCAGAAAGAUGGAACCGUUGUCAAUCGCACUCUUACGCACGACGAUUUCACCAACGUCAGAGGUGAGCGCUAUGAGAUCAAGAAGCCAGCGGACAACAAGAUCUUGGUUUCUGAUGGAGCUCAAUUUGAUGCGAAGACUCAGAAUCAGGAAGACUUCACCAAUAUUCGUGGCGAACGAUACGAGACCCGUCGUCCAGAAGAUCAUCAAGUGAUUCAGAAAGAUGGAACCGUUGUCAAUCGUACUCUUACGCACGACGAUUUCACCAACGUCAGAGGUGAGCGCUAUGAGAUCAAGAAGCCAGCGGACAACAAGAUCUUGGUUUCUGAUGGAGCUCAAUUUGAUGCGAAGACUCAGAAUCAGGAAGACUUCACCAAUAUUCGUGGCGAACGAUACGAGACCCGACGCCCAGAAGAUCAUCAAGUGAUUCAGAAAGAUGGAACCGUUGUCAAUCGUACUCUUACGCACGACGAUUUCACCAAUGUCAGAGGUGAGCGCUAUGAGAUCAAGAAGCCAGCGGACAACAAGAUCUUGGUUUCUGAUGGAGCUCAAUUUGAUGCGAAGACUCAGAAUCAGGAAGACUUCACCAAUAUUCGUGGCGAACGAUACGAGACCCGUCGUCCAGAAGAUCAUCAAGUGAUUCAGAAAGAUGGAACCGUUGUCAAUCGCACUCUUACGCACGACGAUUUCACCAACGUCAGAGGUGAGCGCUAUGAGAUCAAGAAGCCAGCGGACAACAAGAUCUUGGUUUCUGAUGGAGCUCAAUUUGAUGCGAAGACUCAGAAUCAGGAAGACUUCACCAAUAUUCGUGGCGAACGAUACGAGACCCGACGCCCAGAAGAUCAUCAAGUGAUUCAGAAUGAUGGAACCGUUGUCAAUCGUACUCUUACGCACGACGAUUUCACCAAUGUCAGAGGUGAGCGCUAUGAGAUCAAGAAGCCAGCGGACAACAAGAUCUUGGUUUCUGAUGGAGCUCAAUUUGAUGCGAAGACUCAGAAUCAGGAAGACUUCACCAAUAUUCGUGGCGAACGAUACGAGACCCGUCGUCCAGAAGAUCAUCAAGUGAUUCAGAAAGAUGGAACCGUUGUCAAUCGCACUCUUACGCACGACGAUUUCACCAACGUCAGAGGUGAGCGCUAUGAGAUCAAGAAGCCAGCGGACAACAAGAUCUUGGUUUCUGAUGGAGCUCAAUUUGAUGCGAAGACUCAGAAUCAGGAAGACUUCACCAAUAUUCGUGGCGAACGAUACGAGACCCGACGCCCAGAAGAUCAUCAAGUGAUUCAGAAUGAUGGAACCGUUGUCAAUCGUACUCUUACGCACGACGAUUUCACCAAUGUCAGAGGUGAGCGCUAUGAGAUCAAGAAGCCAGCGGACAACAAGAUCUUGGUUUCUGAUGGAGCUCAAUUUGAUGCGAAGACUCAGAAUCAGGAAGACUUCACCAAUAUUCGUGGCGAACGAUACGAGACCCGUCGUCCAGAAGAUCAUCAAGUGAUUCAGAAAGAUGGAACCGUUGUCAAUCGCACUCUUACGCACGACGAUUUCACCAACGUCAGAGGUGAGCGCUAUGAGAUCAAGAAGCCAGCGGACAACAAGAUCUUGGUUUCUGAUGGAGCUCAAUUUGAUGCGAAGACUCAGAAUCAGGAAGACUUCACCAAUAUUCGUGGCGAACGAUACGAGACCCGACGCCCAGAAGAUCAUCAAGUGAUUCAGAAAGAUGGAACCGUUGUCAAUCGUACUCUUACGCACGACGAUUUCACCAACGUCAGAGGUGAGCGCUAUGAGAUCAAGAAGCCAGCGGACAACAAGAUCUUGGUUUCUGAUGGAGCUCAAUUUGAUGCGAAGACUCAGAAUCAGGAAGACUUCACCAAUAUUCGUGGCGAACGAUACGAGACCCGACGCCCAGAAGAUCAUCAAGUGAUUCAGAAUGAUGGAACCGUUGUCAAUCGUACUCUUACGCACGACGAUUUCACCAAUGUCAGAGGUGAGCGCUAUGAGAUCAAGAAGCCAGCGGACAACAAGAUCUUGGUUUCUGAUGGAGCUCAAUUUGAUGCGAAGACUCAGAAUCAGGAAGACUUCACCAAUAUUCGUGGCGAACGAUACGAGACCCGUCGUCCAGAAGAUCAUCAAGUGAUUCAGAAAGAUGGAACCGUUGUCAAUCGCACUCUUACGCACGACGAUUUCACCAACGUCAGAGGUGAGCGCUAUGAGAUCAAGAAGCCAGCGGACAACAAGAUCUUGGUUUCUGAUGGAGCUCAAUUUGAUGCGAAGACUCAGAAUCAGGAAGACUUCACCAAUAUUCGUGGCGAACGAUACGAGACCCGACGCCCAGAAGAUCAUCAAGUGAUUCAGAAAGAUGGAACCGUUGUCAAUCGUACUCUUACGCACGACGAUUUCACCAAUGUCAGAGGUGAGCGCUAUGAGAUCAAGAAGCCAGCGGACAACAAGAUCUUGGUUUCUGAUGGAGCUCAAUUUGAUGCGAAGACUCAGAAUCAGGAAGACUUCACCAAUAUUCGUGGCGAACGAUACGAGACCCGUCGUCCAGAAGAUCAUCAAGUGAUUCAGAAAGAUGGAACCGUUGUCAAUCGCACUCUUACGCACGACGAUUUCACCAAUGUCAGAGGUGAGCGCUAUGAGAUCAAGAAGCCAGCGGACAACAAGAUCUUGGUUUCUGAUGGAGCUCAAUUUGAUGCGAAGACUCAGAAUCAGGAAGACUUCACCAAUAUUCGUGGCGAACGAUACGAGACCCGACGCCCAGAAGAUCAUCAAGUGAUUCAGAAAGAUGGAACCGUUGUCAAUCGUACUCUUACGCACGACGAUUUCACCAAUGUCAGAGGUGAGCGCUAUGAGAUCAAGAAGCCAGCGGACAACAAGAUCUUGGUUUCUGAUGGAGCUCAAUUUGAUGCGAAGACUCAGAAUCAGGAAGACUUCACCAAUAUUCGUGGCGAACGAUACGAGACCCGUCGUCCAGAAGAUCAUCAAGUGAUUCAGAAAGAUGGAACCGUUGUCAAUCGCACUCUUACACACGACGAUUUCACCAAUGUCAGAGGUGAGCGCUAUGAGAUCAAGAAGCCAGCGGACAACAAGAUCUUGGUUUCUGAUGGAGCUCAAUUUGAUGCGAAGACUCAGAAUCAGGAAGACUUCACCAAUAUUCGUGGCGAACGAUACGAGACCCGUCGUCCAGAAGAUCAUCAAGUGAUUCAGAAAGAUGGAACCGUUGUCAAUCGUACUCUUACGCACGACGAUUUCACCAACGUCAGAGGUGAGCGCUAUGAGAUCAAGAAGCCAGCGGACAACAAGAUCUUGGUUUCUGAUGGAGCUCAAUUUGAUGCGAAGACUCAGAAUCAGGAAGACUUCACCAAUAUUCGUGGCGAACGAUACGAGACCCGUCGUCCAGAAGAUCAUCAAGUGAUUCAGAAAGAUGGAACCGUUGUCAAUCGUACUCUUACGCACGACGAUUUCACCAAUGUCAGAGGUGAGCGCUAUGAGAUCAAGAAGCCAGCGGACAACAAGAUCUUGGUUUCUGAUGGAGCUCAAUUUGAUGCGAAGACUCAGAAUCAGGAAGACUUCACCAAUAUUCGUGGCGAACGAUACGAGACCCGUCGUCCAGAAGAUCAUCAAGUGAUUCAGAAAGAUGGAACCGUUGUCAAUCGCACUCUUACGCACGACGAUUUCACCAACGUCAGAGGUGAGCGCUAUGAGAUCAAGAAGCCAGCGGACAACAAGAUCUUGGUUUCUGAUGGAGCUCAAUUUGAUGCGAAGACUCAGAAUCAGGAAGACUUCACCAAUAUUCGUGGCGAACGAUACGAGACCCGUCGCCCAGAAGAUCAUCAAGUGAUUCAGAAAGAUGGAACCGUUGUCAAUCGUACUCUUACGCACGACGAUUUCACCAAUGUCAGAGGUGAGCGCUAUGAGAUCAAGAAGCCAGCGGACAACAAGAUCUUGGUUUCUGAUGGAGCUCAAUUUGAUGCGAAGACUCAGAAUCAGAAAGACUUCACCAAUAUUCGUGGCGAACGAUACGAGACCCGACGCCCAGAAGAUCAUCAAGUGAUUCAGAAAGAUGGAACCGUUGCCAAUCGUACUCUUACGCACGACGAUUUCACCAAUGUCAGAGGUGAGCGCUAUGAGAUCAAGAAGCCAGCGGACAACAAGAUCUUGGUUUCUGAUGGAGCUCAAUUUGAUGCGAAGACUCAGAAUCAGGAAGACUUCACCAAUAUUCGUGGCGAACGAUACGAGACCCGACGCCCAGAAGAUCAUCAAGUGAUUCAGAAUGAUGGAACCGUUGUCAAUCGUACUCUUACGCACGACGAUUUCACCAAUGUCAGAGGUGAGCGCUAUGAGAUCAAGAAGCCAGCGGACAACAAGAUCUUGGUUUCUGAUGGAGCUCAAUUUGAUGCGAAGACUCAGAAUCAGGAAGACUUCACCAAUAUUCGUGGCGAACGAUACGAGACCCGUCGUCCAGAAGAUCAUCAAGUGAUUCAGAAAGAUGGAACCGUUGUCAAUCGUACUCUUACGCACGACGAUUUCACCAAUGUCAGAGGUGAGCGCUAUGAGAUCAAGAAGCCAGCGGACAACAAGAUCUUGGUUUCUGAUGGAGCUCAAUUUGAUGCGAAGACUCAGAAUCAGGAAGACUUCACCAAUAUUCGUGGCGAACGAUACGAGACCCGUCGUCCAGAAGAUCAUCAAGUGAUUCAGAAAGAUGGAACCGUUGUCAAUCGUACUCUUACGCACGACGAUUUCACCAAUGUCAGAGGUGAGCGCUAUGAGAUCAAGAAGCCAGCGGACAACAAGAUCUUGGUUUCUGAUGGAGCUCAAUUUGAUGCGAAGACUCAGAAUCAGGAAGACUUCACCAAUAUUCGUGGCGAACGAUACGAGACCCGUCGUCCAGAAGAUCAUCAAGUGAUUCAGAAAGAUGGAACCGUUGUCAAUCGCACUCUUACGCACGACGAUUUCACCAACGUCAGAGGUGAGCGCUAUGAGAUCAAGAAGCCAGCGGACAACAAGAUCUUGGUUUCUGAUGGAGCUCAAUUUGAUGCGAAGACUCAGAAUCAGGAAGACUUCACCAAUAUUCGUGGCGAACGAUACGAGACCCGUCGUCCAGAAGAUCAUCAAGUGAUUCAGAAAGAUGGAACCGUUGUCAAUCGCACUCUUACGCACGACGAUUUCACCAACGUCAGAGGUGAGCGCUAUGAGAUCAAGAAGCCAGCGGACAACAAGAUCUUGGUUUCUGAUGGAGCUCAAUUUGAUGCGAAGACUCAGAAUCAGGAAGACUUCACCAAUAUUCGUGGCGAACGAUACGAGACCCGUCGUCCAGAAGAUCAUCAAGUGAUUCAGAAAGAUGGAACCGUUGUCAAUCGCACUCUUACGCACGACGAUUUCACCAACGUCAGAGGUGAGCGCUAUGAGAUCAAGAAGCCAGCGGACAACAAGAUCUUGGUUUCUGAUGGAGCUCAAUUUGAUGCGAAGACUCAGAAUCAGGAAGACUUCACCAAUAUUCGUGGCGAACGAUACGAGACCCGUCGUCCAGAAGAUCAUCAAGUGAUUCAGAAAGAUGGAACCGUUGUCAAUCGCACUCUUACGCACGACGAUUUCACCAACGUCAGAGGUGAGCGCUAUGAGAUCAAGAAGCCAGCGGACAACAAGAUCUUGGUUUCUGAUGGAGCUCAAUUUGAUGCGAAGACUCAGAAUCAGGAAGACUUCACCAAUAUUCGUGGCGAACGAUACGAGACCCGUCGUCCAGAAGAUCAUCAAGUGAUUCAGAAAGAUGGAACCGUUGUCAAUCGCACUCUUACGCACGACGAUUUCACCAACGUCAGAGGUGAGCGCUAUGAGAUCAAGAAGCCAGCGGACAACAAGAUCUUGGUUUCUGAUGGAGCUCAAUUUGAUGCGAAGACUCAGAAUCAGGAAGACUUCACCAAUAUUCGUGGCGAACGAUACGAGACCCGUCGUCCAGAAGAUCAUCAAGUGAUUCAGAAAGAUGGAACCGUUGUCAAUCGCACUCUUACGCACGACGAUUUCACCAAUGUCAGAGGUGAGCGCUAUGAGAUCAAGAAGCCAGCGGACAACAAGAUCUUGGUUUCUGAUGGAGCUCAAUUUGAUGCGAAGACUCAGAAUCAGGAAGACUUCACCAAUAUUCGUGGCGAACGAUACGAGACCCGUCGUCCAGAAGAUCAUCAAGUGAUUCAGAAAGAUGGAACCGUUGUCAAUCGCACUCUUACGCACGACGAUUUCACCAACGUCAGAGGUGAGCGCUAUGAGAUCAAGAAGCCAGCGGACAACAAGAUCUUGGUUUCUGAUGGAGCUCAAUUUGAUGCGAAGACUCAGAAUCAGGAAGACUUCACCAAUAUUCGUGGCGAACGAUACGAGACCCGUCGUCCAGAAGAUCAUCAAGUGAUUCAGAAAGAUGGAACCGUUGUCAAUCGCACUCAUACGCACGACGAUUUCACCAACGUCAGAGGUGAGCGCUAUGAGAUCAAGAAGCCAGCGGACAACAAGAUCUUGGUUUCUGAUGGAGCUCAAUUUGAUGCGAAGACUCAGAAUCAGGAAGACUUCACCAAUAUUCGUGGCGAACGAUACGAGACCCGUCGUCCAGAAGAUCAUCAAGUGAUUCAGAAAGAUGGAACCGUUGUCAAUCGCACUCUUACGCACGACGAUUUCACCAACGUCAGAGGUGAGCGCUAUGAGAUCAAGAAGCCAGCGGACAACAAGAUCUUGGUUUCUGAUGGAGCUCAAUUUGAUGCGAAGACUCAGAAUCAGGAAGACUUCACCAAUAUUCGUGGCGAACGAUACGAGACCCGUCGUCCAGAAGAUCAUCAAGUGAUUCAGAAAGAUGGAACCGUUGUCAAUCGCACUCUUACGCACGACGAUUUCACCAACGUCAGAGGUGAGCGCUAUGAGAUCAAGAAGCCAGCGGACAACAAGAUCUUGGUUUCUGAUGGAGCUCAAUUUGAUGCGAAGACUCAGAAUCAGGAAGACUUCACCAAUAUUCGUGGCGAACGAUACGAGACCCGUCGUCCAGAAGAUCAUCAAGUGAUUCAGAAAGAUGGAACCGUUGUCAAUCGCACUCAUACGCACGACGAUUUCACCAACGUCAGAGGUGAGCGCUAUGAGAUCAAGAAGCCAGCGGACAACAAGAUCUUGGUUUCUGAUGGAGCUCAAUUUGAUGCGAAGACUCAGAAUCAGGAAGACUUCACCAAUAUUCGUGGCGAACGAUACGAGACCCGUCGUCCAGAAGAUCAUCAAGUGAUUCAGAAAGAUGGAACCGUUGUCAAUCGCACUCUUACGCACGACGAUUUCACCAACGUCAGAGGUGAGCGCUAUGAGAUCAAGAAGCCAGCGGACAACAAGAUCUUGGUUUCUGAUGGAGCUCAAUUUGAUGCGAAGACUCAGAAUCAGGAAGACUUCACCAAUAUUCGUGGCGAACGAUACGAGACCCGUCGUCCAGAAGAUCAUCAAGUGAUUCAGAAAGAUGGAACCGUUGUCAAUCGCACUCAUACGCACGACGAUUUCACCAACGUCAGAGGUGAGCGCUAUGAGAUCAAGAAGCCAGCGGACAACAAGAUCUUGGUUUCUGAUGGAGCUCAAUUUGAUGCGAAGACUCAGAAUCAGGAAGACUUCACCAAUAUUCGUGGCGAACGAUACGAGACCCGUCGUCCAGAAGAUCAUCAAGUGAUUCAGAAAGAUGGAACCGUUGUCAAUCGCACUCUUACGCACGACGAUUUCACCAACGUCAGAGGUGAGCGCUAUGAGAUCAAGAAGCCAGCGGACAACAAGAUCUUGGUUUCUGAUGGAGCUCAAUUUGAUGCGAAGACUCAGAAUCAGGAAGACUUCACCAAUAUUCGUGGCGAACGAUACGAGACCCGUCGUCCAGAAGAUCAUCAAGUGAUUCAGAAAGAUGGAACCAUUGUCAAUCGCACUCUUACGCACGACGAUUUCACCAACGUCAGAGGUGAGCGCUAUGAGAUCAAGAAGCCAGCGGACAACAAGAUCUUGGUUUCUGAUGGAGCUCAAUUUGAUGCGAAGACUCAGAAUCAGGAAGACUUCACCAAUAUUCGUGGCGAACGAUACGAGACCCGUCGUCCAGAAGAUCAUCAAGUGAUUCAGAAAGAUGGAACCGUUGUCAAUCGCACUCUUACGCACGACGAUUUCACCAACGUCAGAGGUGAGCGCUAUGAGAUCAAGAAGCCAGCGGACAACAAGAUCUUGGUUUCUGAUGGAGCUCAAUUUGAUGCGAAGACUCAGAAUCAGGAAGACUUCACCAAUAUUCGUGGCGAACGAUACGAGACCCGUCGUCCAGAAGAUCAUCAAGUGAUUCAGAAAGAUGGAACCGUUGUCAAUCGCACUCUUACGCACGACGAUUUCACCAACGUCAGAGGUGAGCGCUAUGAGAUCAAGAAGCCAGCGGACAACAAGAUCUUGGUUUCUGAUGGAGCUCAAUUUGAUGCGAAGACUCAGAAUCAGGAAGACUUCACCAAUAUUCGUGGCGAACGAUACGAGACCCGUCGUCCAGAAGAUCAUCAAGUGAUGCAGAAAGAUGGAACCGUUGUCAAUCGCACUCUUACACACGACGAUUUCACCAAUGUCAGAGGUGAGCGCUAUGAGAUCAAGAAGCCAGCGGACAACAAGAUCUUGGUUUCUGAUGGAGCUCAAUUUGAUGCGAAGACUCAGAAUCAGGAAGACUUCACCAAUAUUCGUGGCGAACGAUACGAGACCCGUCGUCCAGAAGAUCAUCAAGUGAUUCAGAAAGAUGGAACCGUUGUCAAUCGCACUCUUACGCACGACGAUUUCACCAAUGUCAGAGGUGAGCGCUAUGAGAUCAAGAAGCCAGCGGACAACAAGAUCUUGGUUUCUGAUGGAGCUCAAUUUGAUGCGAAGACUCAGAAUCAGGAAGACUUCACCAAUAUUCGUGGCGAACGAUACGAGACCCGUCGUCCAGAAGAUCAUCAAGUGAUUCAGAAAGAUGGAACCGUUGUCAAUCGUACUCUUACGCACGACGAUUUCACCAACGUCAGAGGUGAGCGCUAUGAGAUCAAGAAGCCAGCGGACAACAAGAUCUUGGUUUCUGAUGGAGCUCAAUUUGAUGCGAAGACUCAGAAUCAGGAAGACUUCACCAAUAUUCGUGGCGAACGAUACGAGACCCGUCGUCCAGAAGAUCAUCAAGUGAUUCAGAAAGAUGGAACCGUUGUCAAUCGCACUCUUACGCACGACGAUUUCACCAAUGUCAGAGGUGAGCGCUAUGAGAUCAAGAAGCCAGCGGACAACAAGAUCUUGGUUUCUGAUGGAGCUCAAUUUGAUGCGAAGACUCAGAAUCAGGAAGACUUCACCAAUAUUCGUGGCGAACGAUACGAGACCCGUCGUCCAGAAGAUCAUCAAGUGAUUCAGAAAGAUGGAACCGUUGUCAAUCGCACUCUUACGCACGACGAUUUCACCAACGUCAGAGGUGAGCGCUAUGAGAUCAAGAAGCCAGCGGACAACAAGAUCUUGGUUUCUGAUGGAGCUCAAUUUGAUGCGAAGACUCAGAAUCAGGAAGACUUCACCAAUAUUCGUGGCGAACGAUACGAGACCCGUCGUCCAGAAGAUCAUCAAGUGAUUCAGAAAGAUGGAACCGUUGUCAAUCGCACUCUUACGCACGACGAUUUCACCAACGUCAGAGGUGAGCGCUAUGAGAUCAAGAAGCCAGCGGACAACAAGAUCUUGGUUUCUGAUGGAGCUCAAUUUGAUGCGAAGACUCAGAAUCAGGAAGACUUCACCAAUAUUCGUGGCGAACGAUACGAGACCCGUCGUCCAGAAGAUCAUCAAGUGAUUCAGAAAGAUGGAACCGUUGUCAAUCGCACUCUUACGCACGACGAUUUCACCAACGUCAGAGGUGAGCGCUAUGAGAUCAAGAAGCCAGCGGACAACAAGAUCUUGGUUUCUGAUGGAGCUCAAUUUGAUGCGAAGACUCAGAAUCAGGAAGACUUCACCAAUAUUCGUGGCGAACGAUACGAGACCCGUCGUCCAGAAGAUCAUCAAGUGAUUCAGAAAGAUGGAACCGUUGUCAAUCGUACUCUUACGCACGACGAUUUCACCAACGUCAGAGGUGAGCGCUAUGAGAUCAAGAAGCCAGCGGACAACAAGAUCUUGGUUUCUGAUGGAGCUCAAUUUGAUGCGAAGACUCAGAAUCAGGAAGACUUCACCAAUAUUCGUGGCGAACGAUACGAGACCCGUCGUCCAGAAGAUCAUCAAGUGAUUCAGAAAGAUGGAACCGUUGUCAAUCGCACUCUUACGCACGACGAUUUCACCAAUGUCAGAGGUGAGCGCUAUGAGAUCAAGAAGCCAGCGGACAACAAGAUCUUGGUUUCUGAUGGAGCUCAAUUUGAUGCGAAGACUCAGAAUCAGGAAGACUUCACCAAUAUUCGUGGCGAACGAUACGAGACCCGUCGUCCAGAAGAUCAUCAAGUGAUUCAGAAAGAUGGAACCGUUGUCAAUCGCACUCUUACGCACGACGAUUUCACCAACGUCAGAGGUGAGCGCUAUGAGAUCAAGAAGCCAGCGGACAACAAGAUCUUGAAUCAGGAAGACUUCACCAAUAUUCGUGGCGAACGAUACGAGACCCGUCGUCCAGAAGAUCAUCAAGUGAUUCAGAAAGAUGGAACCGUUGUCAAUCGCACUCUUACACACGACGAUUUCUCCAAUGUCAGAGGUGAGCGCUAUGAGAUCAAGAAGCCAGCGGACAACAAGAUCUUGGUUUCUGAUGGAGCUCAAUUUGAUGCGAAGACUCAGAAUCAGGAAGACUUCACCAAUAUUCGUGGCGAACGAUACGAGACCCGUCGUCCAGAAGAUCAUCAAGUGAUUCAGAAAGAUGGAACCGUUGUCAAUCGCACUCUUACGCACGACGAUUUCUCCAAUGUCAGAGGUGAGCGCUAUGAGAUCAAGAAGCCAGCGGACAACAAGAUCUUGGUUUCUGAUGGAGCUCAAUUUGAUGCGAAGACUCAGAAUCAGGAAGACUUCACCAAUAUUCGUGGCGAACGAUACGAGACCCGUCGUCCAGAAGAUCAUCAAGUGAUUCAGAAAGAUGGAACCGUUGUCAAUCGCACUCUUACGCACGACGAUUUCUCCAAUGUCAGAGGUGAGCGCUAUGAGAUCAAGAAGCCAGCGGACAACAAGAUCUUGGUUUCUGAUGGAGCUCAAUUUGAUGCGAAGACUCAGAAUCAGGAAGACUUCACCAAUAUUCGUGGCGAACGAUACGAGACCCGUCGUCCAGAAGAUCAUCAAGUGAUUCAGAAAGAUGGAACCGUUGUCAAUCGCACUCUUACACACGACGAUUUCUCCAAUGUCAGAGGUGAGCGCUAUGAGAUCAAGAAGCCAGCGGACAACAAGAUCUUGGUUUCUGAUGGAGCUCAAUUUGAUGCGAAGACUCAGAAUCAGGAAGACUUCACCAAUAUUCGUGGCGAACGAUACGAGACCCGUCGUCCAGAAGAUCAUCAAGUGAUUCAGAAAGAUGGAACCGUUGUCAAUCGCACUCUUACGCACGACGAUUUCUCCAAUGUCAGAGGUGAGCGCUAUGAGAUCAAGAAGCCAGCGGACAACAAGAUCUUGGUUUCUGAUGGAGCUCAAUUUGAUGCGAAGACUCAGAAUCAGGAAGACUUCACCAAUAUUCGUGGCGAACGAUACGAGACCCGUCGUCCAGAAGAUCAUCAAGUGAUUCAGAAAGAUGGAACCGUUGUCAAUCGCACUCUUACACACGACGAUUUCUCCAAUGUCAGAGGUGAGCGCUAUGAGAUCAAGAAGCCAGCGGACAACAAGAUCUUGGUUUCUGAUGGAGCUCAAUUUGAUGCAACAACAAAACACAAGGAAGAUUUUAAAAAAGUACGUGGCGAACGGUUCGAAAUCAAGAAAACCACAGAUCAUGAAAUCAUCCCAAAGAACGGUGCAACUAUUGAUCGCACCCUCUCCUAUUUGAAAGAUACAGCUGUUUCAAAAAAUAGACCUGAGCAAAAAGCUUCUACCAAGUCAUCAAAAAAGCAUUCUUUCGAAACAUCGAGAAUAUCUAGUUAUGUUCGAACUCAAGAAACCACAGAACCAACGAGAAGUAAUUAUGAUAUUGAUUUCAAGUAUCGCCCAGUUCGUUGUAUUGCUGGUGAGCUUCUGGAAUCUGUUCAGAAAAACCACAAAGAUACGGAUCAUUUUCAUUUUAAAGCAUUAGAAAAAGGCCACCAUUUCUAUGGCCCUAAAAAUCGAGAUGAUGAAUAA